GCUCGCUGCGCGCAGUGUGCAGCCGGGGGUCCCGGGACAGGUGAGGCGCAGGAGAGACCCGCGAGCCGCGGCUGUGAGGCUGCCCCGCAACAGGACAGCAUGAGCAUGUACGGCUCCCAGCACGGGCUCAACAUGAGCCGCAGAGCAAACUCCAAGGGCGACCUGACCAACUCUGGGGGGUACCAUUACGCACGGAGCGACGUGGGGCAAGGAAGCGGGAACGGAUACGAGCCGCACAUGGAUGGACAGAUGGACAGUCACAGAGUCAGGAGGAGCUACACCGUCAGAACCAGAGGCUCGACUGGAGUGAGUUCCUCUGGAGAAAGGCCAAUGGGCGAAAUGAGUGCUUCCCCGCUCAGCCAGAGGGCUUUGGCUCUGCAGAACCAGUGCCACGAAUACCUGCUGAAAGCAGAAGCCCACAUUCAGUCCGGUAAUUCUCCGAGGGAGGCAGACUUCUGUAUGGUUAAGGCUCGAGAGGCAAUUGACAAGCUGAGGAACUGCGCCAUGGAAAUGACUCAGAUGGGCCUCAACAAUGAGGGUGUGGUCAGAAGCGUGGAUAUGUUCCGGAAUCACCUGAUGGGGCUUCAGAUGGCCCUAACAAGCAGCGUACCACGCAGGAGGAGCCUUCGCGGGAGCUCUGGAAGCAGGGGGGAGGAUGCCCUCAGGAGCGUCGAGGAUGCCAGAGCUUGGAUUGCACAGCAAAAGCGUCUGAUUGUGACCUCGCCGUUCGGAGAAGACACUUCAGCCAUCGACCGGCAGCUCAUCGCUCAGCAGGCUUUUCACAGCUCCAUCCAGACUAGCCCUGAGGUACAACGGGCCAGAGAAGAACUGAUAAAAAGGGGAGAAAAAGCACAGGCAAAUGCUCUGGACCAAGAAUGGGAAAGUCUGAAGAAAAUGUCAAGUGUCCGGAUGGAGCAGCUGCGAGACCUCCAUCAGAUCCUAGAUGAAAUCAUGAAUGAACUCCUCUGGGUGAACGAAAAAGAGGAGUAUGAGCUGAUAUUUGACUGGGGCGACAAGAACAUCGCGCAUUACAUCCCCAAGAAGCAGGAGGCCUACUCUAAACUGAUGAGCGCCCUGGAGGAGAAGGAGAAGGAGCUGUUCAAAGUGAAAGCCAAAGCCAACUCCCUGAUGACAAACAACCAUCCGGGCUCAUACAUAAUUGAGACAUACGUGGAAACGAUGCAGUCCCAGUGGAGCUGGCUGCUCCAAAUCACUAAAUGCAUUGAAGUUCAUUUGAAGGAGAAUGGAGCUUUCCACCAGUUCUUUAAGGAAGUAGAUGAAACCAACAGUGCUCUUCAGAAGGAACGUGAAGUGAUUAUCAAGAACUUCUCCUGUGACAAGGAGACCUCACUGGAGGACCUGAUGGAGCUCCUCAAAGGCCUGGAGAAGGAAAAGGAGACCAUCAUGGAUCACAAGCGGCGGGUGCAAAACCUGGUCAGCAAGUCGAAGAGCAUCGUGAGGCUUAAGGAGAGAAGCCCAGAUGAGAAGAGCAACAGCAUCGUUGUCAAAGCUCUGUGUGACUACAAAGAAGACGAGAAAGUGAUCCAUACAGGCAACGAGGCCAUCCUGAAGGACAACAGUCAGCGCAGUAAGUGGAUUGUGACUGGCCCUGGAGGACUGGAGAUGACGGUACCGUCUGUGUGCCUGAUCAUACCCCCUCCAAACCCGCUGUCCAUCAACAUUGCCACCAAGGUUGAGCAAUGCUUUGACGCCAUCAUGUCUGUCUGGAAUCAGUUGUACAUCAACAUGAAGAGUCUCAUCGCCUGGCAAUACUGUCUGCUGGAUAUUAAAUACAUCAACUCUCUCACCAUCGCCAUGCUUUCUGCGAUGCGCCCAGAUGAGACCAGGCAGAUCAUCACGAACAUGGAGGCUCAUUUUGAGGAGUUCAAAAGAACCAGCCGCAACUCCAAGGUGUUUAAGGAGGAGGACAGAAAGAGCAUUGAGAACCAGGUGAACGGAGCCCAAGGCCACUUUGAGAAGCUGGUGGAAGAGCUGCCGGUUUACGUUGCCAAUCAGGAAACGGUGCCGCAAGUUAUCAAGCAACAGCAGCUACAGCAGCCUCAGCAGCCUCAGCAGCUACAGCAGCUACAGCAGCCUCAGCAGCUACAGCAGCUACAGCAGCCCCAGCAGCUACAGCAGCCUCAGCAGGUGAUAUAUGUACAGCAGCCUCAACAGCUACAGCAGCCCCAGCAGCUACAGCUACGGCAGCCCCAGCAGCUACAGCAGCUACAGCUACAGCAGCCCCAGCAGCUACAGCAGCCUCAGCAGAUGAUGUAUGUACAGCAGCCAGCAAUGCAGCAGAGACAAGUAUUUCUAAAUCCUCAACAGCAGCAGGUGAUUCAGCAGCAACAAUUGCUGCAACAGCAGCAAAUAAUCGAGCAGCAGCGGCUGCAACAGCAACAAGCAAUCGAGCAGCAGCGGCUGCAACAGCAACAAGCAAUCGCGCAGCAGCAGCGGCUGCAACAGCAACAAGCAAUCGCGCAGCAGCAGCAGCUGCAACAACAGCAAAUAAUCAAGCAGCAACAAGAAGCUGCGGCGCAAGAAGAUUCCAAGAAGUUGGAGGAAGAAAGAAAGCCAGCAGAGGUCAGGAAACAGGUGGAGAAGAAGGUGGAAGUGAAAAGGGAGGUGGCGGGCAAAGAUUCUGGGAUCAAGAAAGAACCAAACAAAUGGACCAAAUUAACAAGAAGGGUGCUGCUGUCCUCCUCCUCCUCCUCUUCGGCUUCCUUCUCAUCUCAGAUGUUGACAGAACUGCACACGCUCAGGCUAAGGGUGGAGACUGCCGAGGGCAUGCUGAGUCAGCACAUUCACAUCUGCGUUGGAGAUGAUGGAGUACAAGACUGUAGCUUGAGGAUCACGGAGUUACAGAUGGUGCAAUGUGACAUAGACCUACUGCGUGACGAGUACACACGUUUGAGGGAACGUAUCAUGAAAGACGUAGAAGACAUGAACGAUUCCGAGACAGCCCAGUACCUCCACAGCGAGUUUGUAGGGAUUAACCAGAGGCUUGGCAGUUUGGAAAGCAGCACCUCAGCUUACAUACAGCGGCUGCGGGCUCUAAGGGACAUGCUGGAGAGUGUGGCACGAGCUGAGGACCUAGUGAAAGUUCAUGAAGCAAGACUGACAGAAAAGGAGACCACCUCUCUGACUCCAAGUGAAGUUGAGGAAUACAUAUCAACCCUGAAGCACAUUAAAGCAGAGCUGGAUCAGAAAAGAGACAUUCUGACCUCCAUGGAAGCAGAGCUGACAAAGGCGACCCACUGGAACAGCCAGGUGGGCAGUUCUUCCCACAGGUGUGACAUGAUGCUGACGAAAUACACAGAGCACGCUGGGCUGCUGUCUGACCGCUGGAGACGGAUCGAGGCUCAGAUUUCUACCAGACUGCAGGACCUGCAGCUGUAUCUGCCUCACUUGAAUCACUACAAGCAAACUAGCGCCCCCCUGAUCGAGUGGAUUGAUGGCACACGGAAGAAACAGGACGCUAUGCAGGGCACCAAGAUAGACAACGUUCAAGAACUCAAAGAGCACAUCAGCAACCAAAAGGCUCUGAACACCGAAAUCAAAGCAAAGAAGGAAACAGUAGAAAGUGUGCUGAAGGACAACGAGACUUGUGUCCACGCCAUUAAGGAUUAUGAGGCAGACCUGGCCUCUUAUGCCUCUGGUUUAGAAACUUUGCUCAAAAUCCCUUUCAAAAGGACAAUGCUCAGGUCCCCCUCAAUGGACCUCAACCAGGAGUAUUCACACAUUCAGACCCGUUACAUGGAGCUGCUGGCUUUGUCUGGGAACUACCACAAAUUCCUUGGAGAGUUGCUCAAAAGCAUGGAGGAGCUUAAGAUUCGAAAUACCCGCAUCGACAUGAUGGAGGAGGAGCUUCGGCAGCUAAGGGAAGGCCUCAAUGACAGCAACUCCAAGAACAAGUCGCUGGAGGAAGCGAUUGGUCAAUACCAGCUGCAGCUUUCCCAGUCGCAGAGUCAGUUGCUGUCCCUGGAAGAAGUGGAGCGCACCACGGCACUGAAGUGUAGUACCACCAAGGAGAACCUAGAUUCCACCCAGAGCCUGCUAGCAGAACUCAAGGAAGAGGUAGAACGUCUUAAGUACCUGCUGGGUGAAGAGAGGAGGAAGUCAAAGUUGGCAGAAGAGCGCUACAGUCAGCAGAAAGAGGAGUACGAUUCUGUCCUGAAGAAGAGGCAGAACGAGCUGGAGACGGUCAGCUGGUCUAAGAUGGAGUUGGAGAAAUCUGUAGCCAAUAAGGAGCAUGAGAUUGAGCAGCUGCGGCGGCGGCUGGCUGAGAAUGAAGCAAUGGUCAAGGAUCUACAGAUGGAGAUAGUAAAGAUAAGAGCCAAGAUGCAAUCCCUUCAGUCUGAGUACAAUGAAAUUGUGAAUGACAGAGAUGCUCUGUUGCUGAAGUUGCAACGAACGGAAAAGGACAAGGAGCAAAUUCAAAGAAUACAAGAAGACCUCAGUCACAUGAAACUGUCUCUUGAUUCUGAGCAUCGCAGCAAGCAACGUUUACAGGAGGAGAAUGAGAGGAUAAAGAUGGAUUUAAGCUAUUGGAAGGACCAGUCUGAUGGUAAACAGGGACUCAUUCGACAGUUUGACUCAGAGAAAGAGAUGCUUGAGAGAGAAAAUAAAUCCAUGAAAACUGAGCUAGAGAAGAUGAAGAGGGAAAUCAGAGAGCUUGAAGAUAAUUACAAGAGCAGAUUUGUAACCCUUAAGAAAGAUCUACUGGAAGCAACAGUUGUCAAACAGACUUUGGAGACAGAGCUAAAGACUACGAGAGAACCCCCAGCAUUGGAUGCUUCCUCUGUCAUUUUUGAUGGAGUUCGGAAGCCCGUCACUGCCAGUCAGCUACUUGACUGUAAAGUAUUGGAUAACCUGACAUUUAACCAAGUUGUAAAAGGAUAUAAAACAGUCUUUGAAGUGUCUUCUAACAAAAAGGUAAAUCUAAAAGGGACAGGUCCAAUAGCUGGUGUAAUUAUUGAGAGUUUUAAAAAUCCAGGAUCAAGCCCUGGACCUCUUUACAAACUAACAUUUACAGAAGCCAAAAAAGAAAAUCUUCUUCCACCUGAUAGUAUCGACUUGCUACUGGACGCACAAGCUGCCACGGGUCAUAUAAUUGACCCAAGAAACAAUCAAAAGUUGACAGUUGAAGAGGCAUGCAAUCAAGGUGUUGUUGAUGAAGAGGACAGGGAGAGAUUGUUAGCAGCAGAGGCAGCAGCUAUAGGAUAUAGUGCACCUGGCACAAACAAACCCCUCUCAGUUUUUCAGGCAAUGAAGAAAGGAUUGAUUGAAAAAAGCACAACACUACGACUGCUUCAAGCACAAGAGUCAGUAGGAGGGAUUUUGGAUCCCAUACUCAGUGUGUUCCUUCCCAGAGAUGUGGCCAUUGAGCGAAAAGUAGUUGAUGAUACCAUUUGUCAGGCUUUGAACCAGAAGCCUGAGCUCUACCUGGACCCAGAAAGUGAGGAAGGUGUAACAUAUAUGGCAAUGAAACGGAGAUGUAAAGUAGAGCCCCACACAGGCCUUUUGCUGCUCCCAAUUCCUGAAAAGGUAGAUCCCUCCAAACUUGUCUUUGAUGGAGUUCGGAAAACUGUCACUGCCAAGCAGUUACUUGAGUGUGGUGUCCUGAACAAACCAACAUUUAAAGAUCUAGAAAAUGGAAAGAAAAUGGUUCCUGAGGUCUCUGUAGACAAAAAAGUCAACCUAAAGGGAACUGGACCCAUUGCUGGGGUUUAUGUUGGGAAUCGAGGAAAAAUGUCAUUCUCCGAAGCUAAGAAACAAAUGCUGAUUCCAGAUGAAAGUGCAGAUCUCCUACUGGAAGCUCAAGCUGCAACUGGUCACAUCAUUGACCCAAAAGCCAAUCAAAAGCUAACUGUAGAUGAGGCAUGUGCAAGAGGAGUAGUCGAUGUCAUGGAUCAAGAACAGCUACUAGAAGCAGAGGCUGCUGCUGUGGGCUUCAAGGAUCCUGAUAAAGGCAAACCUAUCACAGUUUUUGAGGCUACAAAGAAGGGAAUUAUUGAUGAGAAAACUGGUCUGCGUUUCCUGCAAGCCCAGGAAUCAGUUGGAGGAAUUCUCGAUCCUCAUCUCAGCGUUUUCUUGCCUAAAGAGACAGCUAUUAGGCGAAACCUCAUUGAUAAAAACUUGUUACGUGCUCUGAACCAAAGUCCUGAAUAUUACAUUGAUCCAGAAUCAGAUGAAUAUGUCAGCUAUGGAACAUUGAAGAAAAGAUGCAAGAUAGAAUCUCAUACUGGUUUACUGCUUUUACCAAUUGCAGAAAAGCUGGACCCUUCUGAACUGAUAUUUGAUGGUGUACGUAAACCAGUAACAGGAAAGCAACUUCUAGACUGUGGUGUUCUAGACAAAACAACAUUUAAACAGUUACUCAGAGGAGAGAAAACUGUCCCUGAGGUUUCUGUGGACAAAAAAGUGAACCUAAAGGGCACCGGGCCCAUUGCUGGAAUUUUAGCUGGUAAUCCAGGCAAAAUGUCUUUUACGGAGGCUAAGAAGCAAAUGCUGCUUUCUGAUGAAAGUGCCGAUUUGCUCCUAGAAGCUCAGGCUGCCACUGGUCACAUCAUUGACCCCAAAAACAAUCAAAAGUUGACUGUACAUGAGGCAUGUGUAAAAGGAGUGGUGGACACUCUGGAUCAAGAAAGACUACUUGAAGCAGAGGCUGCUGCCAUUGGCUACAACGAUCCUAAUAAUACCAAACCUGUCUCCAUUUUCGGAGCCAUAAAGAAUGGAAUAAUUGACGAGAAAACUGGAAUGCGACUGUUGCAAGCCCAGGAUUCAGUUGGCGGAAUUCUCGAUCCCCAUCUUAGUGUAUUCUUGCCUAAAGAGACGGCUGUUAAGCGGAAUCUUAUCAGCAAAAGCCUGAGUCGUAGUCUAGACAAGCACCCUGAAUGUUAUAUUGACCCUGAAUCAGAGGAAAAUGUCAGCUAUGAAAAGCUGAAGAAAAGAUGCAAGAUAGAACCUAAUACAGGUCUGCUUCUUUUACCAGUCACUAAAAACCUUGACCCUUCUGAUCUGAUAUUCGAUGGUGUACGCAAGACUGUAACAGGAAAACAACUGCUCAACUGUGGCGUCCUAAACAAGCUAACUUUUAAACAAUUAAUAAAAGGUCAGAAAACAGUACCUGAAGUGUCUGUGGACAAAAAAGUGAUUCUGAAGGGCACUGGUCCUAUUGCUGGAAUUGUUAUGCCACAUCGAGGAAAAAUGUCCUUUGCUGAAGCAAAGGAACAAAUGAUGCUCCCGGAAGAAAUUGCAGAUUUACUCCUGGAAGCUCAGGCUGCCACAGGUCACAUCAUUGAUCCAAAAAACAAUGACAAACUGACUGUGGAAGAAGCGUUAAUGAGAGGUGUGGUGAGCAUCAAGGACCGAGACAAAUUCCUGGAAGCUGAGGCUGCUGCUGUGGGCUACAAGGAUCUUAGUAGUGCCAUACCAAUUUCAGUAUUUGAGGCAAUAAAGAAGGGAAUUAUUGAUGACAAAGUUGGCCUGCGACUGCUGCAAGCCCAAGAAUCAGUUGGGGGGGUACUAGAUCCCAACCUUAGUGUAUUCCUGCCAAAAGAGUGUGCUGUAAAACAAAACCUCAUUGAUAGAAAGCUAUCUCAUGCUCUUGAUCAAAGUCCUGAAUGUUACCUUGAUCCUGAAACAGAUGAAUGUGUCAGCUAUGGGACAUUAAUGAAAAAAUGCAAGAUGGAACCCCAUACAGGUCUGCUAUUUUUACCAGUCUCUGAAAGGCAAGACCCUACCAAACUGAUAUUUGACGGUGUUCGUAAAAGGGUGACGGCAAAAGAACUUUUUGACUGUGGUGUUCUUGACAAACCAACAUUCAACCAGCUUCUGAAAGGGGAGAAAACUAUUGCGGAAGUGUCAGAAGAUAAGAAAGUGUCCCUGAAAGGAACUGGAUCUAUUGCUGGUUUGGCAGUUGGACCUUCCGGGAAAAUGUCCUUUAAUGAAGCCAAAAAACAGAUGCUAGUUGACCCAGAUGAAGUAGAUUUGCUAUUGGAGGCCCAGGCUGCUACUGGCCACAUCAUUGACCCUGUUACCAAUCGAAAACUCACUGUGGAUGAAGCGUGUGCAAAGGGAGUUGUUGAUAGAGGUGAUCGAGACAAACUCCUAGCAGCAGAAGCAGCAGCUGUCGGAUAUAAAGAUCCACGUUCAGCUCAGCCCCUUUCUGUGUUUGAGGCAUUAAAGAAAGGAUUGCUUGAUAAAAAGACUGGCAUACGUCUCCUUCAGGCCCAGGAGUCAGCAGGGGGCAUUCUGGAUCCAAACCUAAGCGUGUUCCUCCCUAAAGACACAGCCAUGAAGCGCAACCUUUUGGAUGAAGACCUUUGUCGUGCACUCAAGCAGAACCCUGAGUGUUAUGUUGACCCAGAAACAGAGCAAGAUUCCAGCUAUGGAGCUUUGAAGAAAAAAUGCAAAACAGAGCCUCAUACAGGUUUGAAACUUUUACCCAUCUCUGAGAGAAAAGACCCAUCCAAACUGAUAUUUGAAGGUGUCCGCAAGCCAGUCUCAGCACAGCAGUUGUUGGAUUGGGGUGUUCUUGACAAACCAACGUUCAAACAGCUUCUGAAAGGGGAGAAAACUAUUGCGGAAGUGUCAGAAGAUAAGAAAGUGUCCCUGAAAGGAACUGGAUCUAUUGCUGGUUUGGCAGUUGGACCUUCCGGAAAAAUGUCCUUUAAUGAAGCCAAAAAACAGAUGCUAGUUGACCCAGAUGAAGUAGAUUUGCUAUUGGAGGCCCAGGCUGCUACUGGCCACAUCAUUGACCCUGUUACCAAUCAGAAACUCACUGUGGAGGAAGCGUGUGCAAAGGGAGUUGUUGACACAAGUGAUCGAGACAAACUCCUAGCAGCCGAAGCAGCAGCUGUUGGAUUUAAAGAUCCACGUUCAGCUCAGCCCCUUUCUGUAUGUGAGGCAUUAAAGAAAGGAUUGCUUGAUAAAAAGACUGGCAUACGUCUCCUUCAGGCCCAGGAGUCAGCAGGGGGCAUUCUGGAUCCAAACCUGAGCGUGUUCCUCCCUAAGGACACAGCCAUGAAACGCAACAUUUUGGAUGAAGACCUUUGUCGUGCACUCAAGCAGAACCCAGAGUGUUAUGUUGACCCAGAAACAGAGCAAGAUUUCAGCUAUGAAGCUUUGAAGAAAAAAUGCAAAACAGAGCCUCACACAGGUUUGAAACUUUUGCCCAUCUCUGAGAGAAAAGACCCAUCCAAACUGAUGUUUGAAGGUGUCCGCAAGCCAGUCUCAGCACAGCAGUUGUUGGAUUGUGGUGUUCUUGACAAACCAACGUUCAAUCAGCUUCUAAAAGGGGAUAAAACUGUUCCAGAGGUGUCCGAAGACAAGAAAGUGUUCCUGAAAGGAACUGGAUCUAUUGCUGGUUUGGCAGUUGGACCUUCCGGAAAAAUGUCCUUUAAUGAAGCCAAAAAACAGAUGCUAGUUGACCCAGAUGAAGUAGAUUUGCUAUUGGAGGCCCAGGCUGCUACUGGCCACAUCAUUGACCCUGUUACCAAUCAAAAACUCACUGUGGAUGAAGCUUGUGCAAAGGGAGUUGUUGAUGCAAGUGAUCGAGACAAACUUCUAGCAGCAGAAGCAGCAGCUGUUGGAUAUAAAGAUCCACGUUCAGCUCAACCCCUUUCUGUGUGUGAGGCAUUAUUGAAAGGAUUGCUUGAUAAAAAGACUGGCAUACGUCUCCUUCAGGCCCAGGAGUCAGCAGGGGGCAUUCUGGAUCCAAACCUGAGCGUGUUCCUCCCUAAGGACACAGCCAUGAAGCGCAACCUUUUGGAUGAAGACCUUUGUCGUGCACUCAAGCAGAACCCUGAGUGUUAUGUUGACCCAGAAACAGAGCAAGAUUCCACCUAUGAAGCUUUGAAGAAAAAAUGCAAGACAGAACCUCACACAGGUUUGAAGCUUUUGCCCAUCUCUGAGAGAAAAGACCCAUCCAAACUGAUAUUUGAAGGUGUCCGCAAGCCAGUCUCAGCACAGCAGUUGUUGGAUUGUGGUGUUCUUGACAAACCAACGUUCAAUCAGCUUCUAAAAGGGGAGAAAACUGUUCCAGGGGUGUCAGAAGACAAGAAAGCAUUCCUUAAAGGAACUGGUUCUAUUGCUGGUUUGGCAGUUGGACCUUCCCGAAAAAUGUCCUUUAAUGAAGCCAAAAAACAAAAGCUUCUGGACCCAGACAAAGCAGAUUUGUUACUGGAAGCCCAGGCUGCUACUGGCCACAUCAUUGACCCUGUUACCAAUCGGAAACUCACCGUGGAUGAAGCGUGUGCAAAUGGAGUUGUUGAUAGAAAUGAUCAAGACAAACUCCUAGGAGCAGAAGCAGCAGCUGUUGGAUAUAAAGAUCCACGUUCAGCUCAACCCCUUUCUGUGUUUGAGGCAGUAAAGAAAGGAUUGCUUGAUAAAAAGACUGGCAUACGUCUCCUUCAGGCCCAGGAGUCAGCAGGGGGCAUUCUGGAUCCAAACCUGAGCGUGUUCCUCCCUAAGGACACAGCCAUGAAGCGCAACCUUUUGGAUGAAGACCUUUGUCGUGCACUCAAGCAGAACCCUGAGUGUUAUGUUGACCCAGAAACAGAGCAAGAUUCCACCUAUGAAGCUUUGAAGAAAAAAUGCAAGACAGAACCUCACACAGGUUUGAAACUUUUGCCCAUCUCUGAGAGAAAAGACCCAUCCAAACUGAUAUUUGAAGGUGUCCGCAAGCCAGUCUCAGCACAGCAGUUGUUGGAUUGUGGUGUUCUUGACAAACCAACGUUCAAUCAGCUUCUAAAAGGGGAGAAAACUGUUCCAGAGGUGUCAGAAGACAAGAAAGCAUUCCUUAAAGGAACUGGACCUAUUGCUGGUCUAGCAGUGGGCGCAUCAGGAAAAAUGUCCUUUACUGAAGCCAAAAAACAAAAGCUUCUGGACCCAGACAAAGCAGAUUUGCUACUGGAAGCCCAGGCUGCUACUGGUCACAUCAUUGACCCUGUUACCAAUCGAAAACUCACCGUGGAUGAAGCGUGUGCAAAGGGAGUUGUUGAUAGAAAUGAUCGAGCCACACUCCUAGCAGCAGAAGGAGCAGCUGUUGGAUUUAAAGAUCCACGCUCAGCUCAGCCCCUUUCAGUGUUUGAGGCAGUAAAGAAAGGAUCGCUUGAUAAAAAGACUGGCAUACGUCUCCUUCAGGCCCAGGAGUCAGCAGGGGGCAUUCUGGAUCCAAACCUGAGCGUGUUCCUCCCUAAGGACACAGCCAUGAAGCGCAACCUUUUGGAUGAAGACCUUUGUCGUGCACUCAAGCAGAACCCUGAGUGUUAUGUUGACCCAGAAACAGAGCAAGAUUCCACCUAUGAAGCUUUGAAGAAAAAAUGCAAGACAGAACCUCACACAGGUUUGAAGCUUUUGCCCAUCUCUGAGAGAAAAGACCCAUCCAAACUGAUGUUUGAAGGUGUCCGCAAGCCAGUCUCAGCACAGCAGUUGUUGGAUUGUGGUGUACUUGACAAACCAAUGUUCAAUCAGCUUCUAAAAGGGGAGAAAACUGUUCCAGAGGUGUCAGAAGACAAGAAAGCAUUCCUUAAAGGAACUGGACCUAUUGCUGGUCUAGCAGUGGGCCCAUCAGGAAAAAUGUCCUUUAAUGAAGCCAAAAAACAAAAGCUUCUAGACCCAGACAAAGCAGAUUUGCUACUGGAAGCCCAGGCUGCUACUGGCCACAUCAUUGACCCUGUCACCAAUCGAAAACUCACCGUGGAUGAAGCGUGUGCAAAUGGAGUUGUUGAUAGAAAUGAUCGAGCCACACUCCUAGCAGCAGAAGGAGCAGCUGUUGGAUUUAAAGAUCCACGCUCAGCUCAGCCCCUUUCAGUGUUUGAGGCGGUAAAGAAAGGAUUGCUUGAUAAAAAGACUGGCAUACGUCUCCUUCAGGCCCAGGAGUCAGCAGGGGGCAUUCUGGAUCCAAACCUGAGCGUGUUCCUCCCUAAAGACACAGCCAUGAAGCGCAACCUUUUGGAUGAAGACCUUUGUCGUGCACUCAAGCAGAACCCUGAGUGUUAUGUUGACCCAGAAACAGAGCAAGAUUCCACCUAUGAAGCUUUGAAGAAAAAAUGCAAGACAGAACCUCACACAGGUUUGAAGCUUUUGCCCAUCUCUGAGAGAAAAGACCCAUCCAAACUGAUAUUUGAAGGUGUCCGCAAGCCAGUCUCAGCACAGCAGUUGUUGGAUUGUGGUGUACUUGACAAACCAAUGUUCAAUCAGCUUCUAAAAGGGGAGAAAACUGUUCCAGAGGUGUCAGAAGACAAGAAAGUGUCCUUGAAAGGAACUGGAUCUAUUGCUGGUUUGGCAGUUGGACCUUCCGGAAAAAUGUCCUUUAAUGAAGCCAAAAAACAGAUGCUAGUUGACCCAGAUGUAGUAGAUUUGCUAUUGGAGGCCCAGGCUGCUACUGGCCACAUCAUUGACCCUGUUACCAAUCGAAAACUCACUGUGGAUGAAGCGUGUGCAAAGGGAGUUGUUGAUAGAGGUGAUCGAGACAAACUCCUAGCAGCAGAAGCAGCAGCUGUCGGAUAUAAAGAUCCACGUUCAGCUCAGCCCCUUUCAGUGUUUGAGGCAGUAAAGAAAGGAUUGCUUGAUAAAAAGACUGGCAUAUGUCUCCUUCAGGCCCAGGAGUCAGUAGGGGGCAUUCUGGAUCCAAACCUGAGCGUGUUCCUCCCUAAAGACACAGCCAUGAAGCGCAACCUUUUGGAUGAAGACCUUUGUCGUGCACUCAAGCAGAACCCAGAGUGUUAUGUUGACCCAGAAACAGAGCAAGAUUUCAGCUAUGAAGCUUUGAAGAAAAAAUGCAAGACAGAACCUCACACAGGUUUGAAGCUUUUACCCAUCUCUGAGAGAAAAGACCCAUCCAAACUGAUAUUUGAAGGUGUCCGCAAGCCAGUCUCAGCACAGCAGUUGUUGGAUUGUGGUGUUCUUGACAAACCAAUGUUCAAUCAGCUUCUAAAAGGGGAGAAAACUGUUCCAGAGGUGUCAGAAGACAAGAAAGCAUUCCUUAAAGGAACUGGACCUAUUGCUGGUCUAGCAGUGGGCCCAUCAGGAAAAAUGUCCUUUAAUGAAGCCAAAAAACAAAAGCUUCUGGACCCAGACAAAGCAGAUUUGCUAUUGGAAGCCCAGGCUGCUACUGGCCACAUCAUUGACCCUGUUACCAAUCGAAAACUCACCGUGGAUGAAGCGUGUGCAAAUGGAGUUGUUGAUAGAAAUGAUCGAGACAAACUCCUAGGAGCAGAAGCAGCAGCUGUUGGAUAUAAAGAUCCACGUUCAGCUCAACCCCUUUCUGUGUUUGAGGCAGUAAAGAAAGGAUUGCUUGAUAGAAAGACUGGCAUACGUCUCCUUCAGGCCCAGGAGUCAGCAGGGGGCAUUCUGGAUCCAAACCUGAGCGUGUUCCUCCCUAAGGACACAGCCAUGAAGCGCAACCUUUUGGAUGAAGACCUUUGUCGUGCACUCAAGCAGAACCCUGAGUGUUAUGUUGACCCAGAAACAGAGCAAGAUUCCACCUAUGAAGCUUUGAAGAAAAAAUGCAAGACAGAACCUCACACAGGUUUGAAGCUUUUGCCCAUCUCUGAGAGAAAAGACCCAUCCAAACUGAUAUUUGAAGGUGUCCGCAAGCCAGUCUCAGCACAGCAGUUGUUGGAUUGUGGUGUUCUUGACAAAUCAACGUUCAAUCAGCUUCUAAAAGGGGAGAAAACUGUUCCAGAGGUGUCCGAAGACAAGAAAGUGUCCUUGAAAGGAACUGGAUCUAUUGCUGGUUUGGCAGUUGGACCUUCCGGAAAAAUGUCCUUUAAUGAAGCCAAAAAACAGAUGCUAGUUGACCCAGAUGUAGUAGAUUUGCUAUUGGAGGCCCAGGCUGCUACUGGCCACAUCAUUGACCCUGUUACCAAUCGAAAACUCACUGUGGAUGAAGCGUGUGCAAAGGGAGUUGUUGAUAGAGGUGAUCGAGACAAACUCCUAGCAGCAGAAGCAGCAGCUGUCGGAUAUAAAGAUCCACGUUCAGCUCAGCCCCUUUCAGUGUUUGAGGCAGUAAAGAAAGGAUUGCUUGAUAAAAAGACUGGCAUACGUCUCCUUCAGGCCCAGGAGUCAGUAGGGGGCAUUCUGGAUCCAAACCUGAGCGUGUUCCUCCCUAAAGACACAGCCAUGAAGCGCAAUCUUUUGGAUGAAGACCUUUGUCUUGCACUCAAGCAGAACCCAGAGUGUUAUGUUGACCCAGAAACAGAGCAAGAUUUCAGCUAUGAAGCUUUGAAGAAAAAAUGCAAGACAGAACCUCACACAGGUUUGAAGCUUUUGCCCAUCUCUGAGAGAAAAGACCCAUCCAAACUGAUGUUUGACGGUGUCCGCAAGCCAGUCUCAGCACAGCAGUUGUUGGAUUGUGGUGUUCUUGAAAAACCAACGUUCAACCAGCUUCUGAAAGGGGAGAAAACUAUUCCGGAAGUGUCAGAAGACAAGAAAGCAUUCCUUAAAGGAACUGGACCUAUUGCUGGUCUAGCAGUGGGCCCAUCAGGAAAAAUGUCCUUUAAUGAAGCCAAAAAACAAAAGCUUUUGGACCCAGACAAAGCAGAUUUGCUAUUGGAAGCCCAGGCUGCUACUGGCCACAUCAUUGACCCUAUUACCAAUCGAAAACUCACCGUGGAUGAAGCGUGUGCAAAGGGAGUUGUUGAUAGAAAUGAUCGAGCCACACUCCUAGCAGCAGAAGCAGCAGCUGUUGGAUAUAAAGAUCCACGUUCAGCUCAACCCCUUUCUGUGUUUGAGGCAGUAAAGAAAGGAUUGCUUGAUAAAAAGACUGGCAUACGUCUCCUUCAGGCCCAGGAGUCAGCAGGGGGCAUUCUGGAUCCAAACCUGAGCGUGUUCCUCCCUAAAGACACAGCCAUGAAGCGCAACCUUUUGGAUGAAGACCUUUGUCGUGCACUCAAGCAGAACCCUGAGUGUUAUGUUGACCCAGAAACAGAGCAAGAUUCCACCUAUGAAGCUUUGAAGAAAAAAUGCAAGACAGAACCUCACACAGGUUUGAAGCUUUUGCCCAUCUCUGAGAGAAAAGACCCAUCCAAACUGAUAUUUGAAGGUGUACGCAAACCAGUCUCAGCACAGCAGUUGUUGGAUUGUGGUGUUCUUGACAAACCAACAUUCAACCAGCUUCUAAAAGGGGAAAAAACUGUUCCAGAGGUGUCAGAAGACAAGAAAGCAUUCCUUAAAGGAACUGGACCUAUUGCUGGAAUUGAAUCAGGAACUCAUGGUUUAAUGUCCCUUUCAGAAGCGAAGAACACCAAUCGUAUAUCUGCCAAUUGCAUUGAUCUGCUUCUUGAAGCGCAGGCUGCCACUGGUUACAUCAUUGACCCCAAAAAUAAUAAAAAGUAUACCGUUGAGGAGGCCUGUGUCAAAAAAUUGGUGGAUCCUAAAGAUCAAAAUAAACUGAUGUUAGCAGAAUGUGCUGCCAUUGGUUACAAAGAUCCUACUUCUACAAAGUCCCUCUCAGUGUUUGAGGCCAUGAAGAAGCGUUUACUUGACAAGCAGACUGGACUUCGCUUGCUGCAGGCCCAAGUAUCAGCUGGAGGCAUUCUGGAUCCCAAUCUCAGUGUAUUCCUUCCAAAAAAUGUAGCUAUCAAGUUCAACCUUAUAGAUGAGGACCUCCUUCAUGUUUUAAAUCAGCAACAAGCUUUUUACCUUGACCCAGAUACUAAAGGAGAUGUCAGUUAUAUGGCUUUGUUGGCAAAAUGUAACACAAAUACGAAAACAGGCCUUCAUCUUUUACCAGCCCCAGAUACGUUCGACCACACCGAGUUACUUUUCGAAGGUGUACGCAAGAAUGUCACUGCACAACAGCUCCUUGACUGUGCAGUUCUUGACAAACCAACAUUUGACAAAUUAGGAAAAGGUGAGAAAACUGUCUCCGAAGUGACUGUGGAUAAAAAAGUGUUUUUAAAAGGGACAGGGGCGAUCGCUGGGGUAGCAGCUGGACAUUUGGGUAAAAUGUCUUUCUCUGAGGCCAGAAAACAGAAAAUCAUUUCAGCUGCCAGCGCCCAACUCUUUUUGGUUGCCCAGGUCGCUGUUGGUCACAUUAUUGACCCCACUACGAAACAAUAUCUUACAGUAAAAGAAGCAUGUGCCAGAGGAAUUGUGGCCAAAGAAGAAGAAUCUGUGCUCCAGGCAGUGGAGUCCGCUGUUACCGGUUACAGAGACCCGCUUACUGGAAAGCUCUUGUCAGCGGGGCAGGCUUUGAGACAAGGCCUUAUUGACAUGGACACUGGUCUGCGUAUACUUCAGGCUCAGGAGUCUGUUGGUGGAAUUUUGGACCCAACACUUAGUGUGUUUUUACCUAAAGACAUUGCAUUGAAAAGGGGUCUCAUUGAUGAGGAUCUUUAUCAAGCCUUAAAUAAGUCCCCCAAUUGUUAUUUGGACCCAGAUACACAACGACCAACCGCAUAUGUCUCACUUAAGAAAAAAUGUCAUUCUGAUCCAAGCACAGGACUCAUGCUUCUACCAAAACCAAAAAUGCCAUUGACCACUCCAGGUUUUCGAAAUGAUGUGUCCGUCAUGGACCUGGUAGAUGCAAACUUGUUAAAGCAAUCUGAUGUGGAUAAAAUCUAUGAAGGUAAAAUGACUAUCCAGGAGAUUGAGAAGCAGCUACAUCCAUACCUAAGAGGUUCAACCUGCAUUGCUGGAGUUUAUGACGAGGCUAGUGAUAAGGUUCUAUCAAUCUAUGAGGCUAUGAAGAAUGGUUUGUUGCGAUGUGGAACCAGUUUGGAGCUGCUUGAAGCCCAAGCUGCUUCAGGAUUUAUGGUUGAUCCUGUCCACAAUCUUUAUCUGACGGUUGAUGAGGCCUAUAACAGAAGAGUUGUUGGACCAGAGUUCAAGGACAAACUUCUUUCAGCAGAAAAGGCUGUGACCGGUUACAAACUGCCUGGAACUGACAAUAUUAUCUCCCUUUUUCAAGCUAUAGAGAAAGGUGUAGUUGAGAGAGGUCAUGGCAUCCGGUUGCUUGAGGCUCAGAUUGCAAGUGGUGGUAUCAUUGAUCCUGAACACAGCCAUCGCAUUGAUGUAAAUGUAGCCUACAAGAGAGGCUACUUUGAUGAAGAAAUGAACAAGAUCCUCACUGAUGAAAGUGAUGACACUAAAGGUUUCUUUGACCCAAACACAGAGGAAAACCUCACAUAUCUGGAUCUUAAGAAACGGUGUAUUGUAGAUAAGAAGACUGGCCUGAUCCUGUUGCCUAUCAUAGACAAGAAAAAGAAAGAAUCAACAACGACAAAUACCCGAAGAAAGAGGAGAGUGAUAAUUGUGGACCCGGACACUCUCAAAGAGAUGACGGUGCUUGAGGCAUUCAACAAAGGCUACAUUGACCGUGAAACUUUUAUUGAGCUCUCUGAGCAGGAAUGUGAAUGGGACGAGAUCACCAUCACUGAUUCAAAUGGAUCCAAAAGAUGUGUUAUCACUGAUAGGACAUCCGGAAGAAAGUAUGACAUUACAGAAAUGCUUGAAAGGAGGGUCAUUGACGAAUCUGUGGUACAGCAGUAUCACUCACGAGCCAUCACCCUCACUCAGUUUGCUGAUAUUAUCACGGAGAAAGCCAAACAUCAAUCACUAUCAUCUUCAUCAACGUCUCAUACACCUUCAGCAACAUCAACAUCAUUUAGCAAAUCCUUAUCAACUUCUGCUUCAAAAGCAUCAACGUCAGCUUUUACAACUUCAACAUCUUUUAGAACAUCCUCCCCAACACCAGCUUUACUAACUUCAACACCUUUCAGCACAUCAUCCCCAACAUCCGUUUCAAGAACAUCAGCAUUUGUCAGUACAUGCUCCUCGACACCAACUUCAGAAACAGCAAUGGCCUUCAGUGCAUCAUCUCCAACAUCCGUUUCAAGAACAUCAACAUCUUUGAGUACAUCUUCUUCAUCAUCUGUUUCGGCAACAUCUUCCAGUACAUCAACAGUUUCAAGAGAAACAGAGGCCUCAUUUUCAGGAUCAUCAACCUCAAAUUCUUCCUUCUCAAAAGUUGGGUCAACAUCUUUAUCACCUCCUUUCACCAAGACAGUCACAACAAGAACCACCACUGUCAUGGAGCAAAACCCCAUAGGCAACGUUCAACAAUCUCCUGACAGCCUCAAACGGGUAUCUAGUGUGUCAUUCACUCUUUCUACGCCCUUUGAAAGCGUUGGUGAUCUGGAACCUGUUAGUGCCGUAUUUGACACAGACACUGUUGAGAAGAUUUCCAUAAUGGAAGCUUUAAAUCGUGGUAUAGUGGAUUCAAUCACUGCACAGAGACUUCUGGAGGCACAAGCAUGCACUGGAGGAAUUGUUGACCCCACAAAUGGAAAAAGGCUCAGCAUUCAGGAGGCAUGCCGUAUUGGCUUGAUAGAUGGCACAAUGGAAUUGAGACUCAAACCUGCCCAGAAAGCUUUCUUUGGUUUCAAGGAUGUCAAAACUAAAAAGAUGAUGUCAAUUGCUGAGGCUGUGAAAGAGAGGUGGCUGCCAUAUGAGUCGGGGCAGAGAUUCUUGGAGUUUCAGGUUGUAACAGGUGGGCUUUAUGAUCCAGAGAUGGGCUGCAGAAGAAGCAUAGAGGAUGCUCUGAAAAUGGGCUGGUUGGAUGAGCGAGCAGCACAGAAGCUCCAUGACAUAAAAAGUCUCCCCAAGUGCCUGACUUGCCCCAAAACCAAGCUAAAAAUCUCUUACAAAGAAGCUCUGGAUAACUGCUUGGUUGAGGAGGGAACUGGGGUUAAAAUGCUUCCAGCGUCAUCUAUGUCCUCCAAAGGGAUCAGCAGUCCAUAUAAUGCCGCUUCGGCUCCAGGAUCCACCACAGGCUCUAGGAGUGGCUCUCAGAGAAGCUCCCGCAGGGGCAGUUUAGAUUUAGGCCCUUUUGGAGUAAGAGGCUACACUUCCUCCAGUUCCACCAGUUUCCUGUCAAAAUAAACCAAGAACAGUUCUACAUAUCAGGCUUUUUUCCUGUUUGAAAAUCAUUCCCAGUUUAAGCUUUUAAUUGGAAAAAAAUGUUAAACAUUUUUUAUGCAUAUGUUUUAAUGCUUUUCAGUUUUAGAAGCUUGCACUUUUAAAUAGUACGCAAGCUGUGAUUCAACUUAAUUUUGUUGCAAAGCUUGUUAAAAUGUGGUUUCUUUACACUUUGAUGUGCUGAUACAGCAGAAUUGUUAUUACACUUAUAUAACUUUUCAAUAUAAUCAGUUUUUUCUUGCUGGGAACACAAAGGUUUUUUCUUUUUUUCUUCUUUUCUUCUCAAUUAUUACAAAGAUUUCUUUGGCUUGACAUCCGACUGCUAUGUAACUAUUUGUCACAAUCUCAAAAUAAAGCUUUGUCUGCUCUUGUACCUUCA